AGAAGAAGGGCAAAAAAAAAAAAAAAGAGGAAAAGAGAGAGACAGAGAGACAGAGAAAGAGACAGAGAGAGAGAGAGAGAGAGGGGGAGGAGGAGGAAAAAAAAGAGAAGAGAGAGAGAGCGAGAGAAAAGCAGCAAAACGCGAUAA